AUGCCGAUCUUUGGGCGAUCCAAGAAGAGCAAAGAGACGACAUCACGUCGAAGAGAUCCGAAAUAUACUUCUCGAGCCAAGUUGCAUGACGAGUAUGUUGACGAUGCUCAAGCAAAUCCAUACAACCGGCAGCAGGCCUCAAAAUCCUCGCAAAAUGUAUACAAUGCUCACUCGAUGAACAUGCCAAAUCAGUACCAGCCAAUUCAAAUAACACAAAACUUCCUCAUCACGCCACCACUGCCGGAACGUCCAAACAAACCUUACAACUCUACCAGCAGGCUAAAUUUGGGGUCUGUCUCGAAUUUUUUGCCCGGAAACAAUUCUGAUCGUACCCCUGGUGGGCAACGGUGCAAUGUUCCGGUUCCUUGUGGCACGCAGCUCUUGAAUCAAACAGCAGCUUUGUGCGAUGGACUCUCCUCGACAUUCGACGACAUCAUUGCACUGAUAGAUGGCGCGUGCUCUCGUGAAGGGGAACAAAAUUCAUUUAGUAAUGAGCCACGUCGCUUGGAACAGAAUCCGGCUUCUGAUAAUAGUCGUGCGCUCGUCAGCUACGGCAAGUCCAGUGGGAAACCGAAUAACUAUUAUGCCUCACCGAAUCUGAAGACAACUCUGGCUAGUAAGGUCAAUCUAUAUGCAAAUUCAAGGCUACCACCGAAUCUGAAACCUAUGAAAUUAUAUGUAUCGACUUUUCCAUUGAUAGGCCUGGCAGCCAAAUAUUCAGAAAGUGUCUAUCACAAGCCAAGGUAUAUGGAGAAAGAGUCCCAUAUAGAUGCUGACUGGAAUCUGGGAACAAAAGCCAUGGUUAUCAAGUCGGUCCCGAUGGAUGACAUGAACACUAUUGUUUUGGCCAUCAGAGGCACCAAAGGAACGAUGGAUUGGGCAGUCAAUUUGAGAACGGUACCAGCGUCACCCAAUGGAUUUUUGGACGAUGUAGGCAAUCUCUGCCAUGCCGGUUUUCUCACUGUUGCGAGAAAGAUGAUAGGACCCAUCACAGCACGUCUUCGACAGCUACUGCGAGAAAACGAUCAAAGGUCUAAAUACUCACUACUGAUCACAGGCCAUUCCGCUGGUGGUGCCGUUGCAGCUCUCCUUUACAGUCACAUGCUCUCCACCAACCGCGAAACGAAAACCGAUCUCAACGAACUAACAAACCGCUUCAAACGAAUCCACUGCAUCACUUUCGGCGCGCCCCCCGUCUCCCUACUUCCACUUUCCAAACCAAACAGCCCCUCCUUACGAAAAUCCCUCUUCAUGUCCUUCGUCAACGAAGGUGAUCCUGUCACAAGAGCAGACAUGGUCUACUUCCUCUCCCUAACAAAACUCUUCCAAUCACCCGCCCCAAUUUCCCCCAGCACACCGCCUCUCAAACCCAAAAAAUCAACUCAAGCACUCGCCUACGGCGCCGCUUACUUCAGUAACGCGCUCGCACCUGCUUCUCCGUACACACCACCAACAUCUUCGCAAAUCUGGAAAGUGCCUCAAGCAACUCUCAGUAACGCAGGAAGUCUUGUGCUAUUGCGCGGCGUGCCGAGACAUGUGCAUUUUGAGUCAUUUCGUACGGUCAGAGAUCGUAUGAAUGAUGCGGUCGUUGCGCAGAUGGUGACGGAUGAUGAGUUGAGGGGCGUGGUGUGGGGGGAUUUGUCGUGUCACAAUAUGGAGCUGUAUGCGAAGAGGAUUGAGGUUUUGGCUACUAAUGCUGUGAUGGGACGGUCUUGA